GCUCAAAAAGCUUGAGCUUCCGUUCCAUUAUUUUUUUCCUUCUUCUUUUCCAUUUUGAUUCCCGAGUUCGAAGUGAAACACAGAAAGUAUCGCAAGAAAAGAACUGAAAUCGCAUUGGCUGUUGUGAAUCAAGAUUGCUAUAUGAAGUUGUGAAACAAUGAGAGAUGAGAAUUCCAAGAAGAGCAAGCUUUCAUGGCCAAAGACGCUGGUGAAAAAGUGGUUCAACAUUAAGAGCAAAGCCGAGGACUUUCAGGCUGAUGAUGUCCUUUAUGGAGGUGUUGAUGAAGAGUGGAGAAACGCCUAUUCAGGGAGGGAGACGUGCACAAUCAAGAAAAGUAAAACAGAAAGAUUCAGCAAGAGGCACUCUGAUAGAAUCCGGCGAGGCAAAAUCGAUCUUGACUCCUCACAAGUUACAGAUGUGCAUAAUUAUAGAAUCUUUGUAGCUACAUGGAAUGUCGCUGGAAAAUCCCCUCCGAGUUAUUUGAGUCUUGAAGAUUGGCUCCACACCUCUCCUCCUGCUGACAUUUACGUUCUUGGGUUUCAAGAAAUAGUCCCUUUGAAUGCCGGUAACGUUUUGGGGACAGAAGACAAUGGCCCAGCGAGAAAAUGGCUGGCCCUUAUAAGGAGGACUUUAAACAGUCUUCCCGGGACCAGCAUUGGCUACCAUACCCCAUCACCUGUUCCCGAUCCGAUAGUAGAAAUCGAUGCCGAUUUCGAGGGCUCGACGAGGAAGAAGGCUUCCGCUUUCUUCCACAGAAGGUCUUUCCAGUCCUUGAGCCGCAGCAUGAGGAUGGACAAUGACAUGUCAGUGAUGGAACCGAGGCUUGAUCGCCGGUUCAGUGUCUGUGAUCGGGUGAUCUUCGGCAACAGGCCGAGUGAUUAUGAUCCGAAUUACAGAUGGGGAUCCUCCGAUGACGAGAAUGGACCCGGGGAUUCCCCGGUGGUGACCACGCAUUGUUCGCCAUUGUCCUACAAUGGCUCCUUCUCUAUGGAAGAUAGAGAUAGACAGGCGGGGAAUUCUUCUAGGUACUGCCUUGUUGCCAGCAAGCAAAUGGUUGGUAUAUUCCUAACGGUGUGGGUGAAGAGUGAUCUGAGAGAUGAUGUUCGAAACUUGAAAGUGUCUUGUGUUGGCAGAGGACUAAUGGGGUAUCUUGGAAACAAGGGUUCAAUUUCAGUUAGCAUGUCUUUGCACCAAACAAGCUUUUGCUUCAUCUGUAGUCAUUUGACUUCUGGGCAGAAGGAAGGAGAUGAACUGAGGAGAAACUCUGAUGUCAUGGAGAUCCUAAGGAAGACACGGUUUCCGAGGGUUAAUCAUGGCAUGGGAGAUGAGAACUCCCCACAGACAAUAUUGGAACAUGAUCGAAUAAUUUGGCUUGGGGAUUUGAAUUAUCGGAUUGCUCUUUCUUACCGCUCUGCAAAGGCUCUUGUUGAGAUGCGCAACUGGAGGGCAUUGUUAGAGAAUGAUCAGUUGAGGAUAGAGCAGAGAACAGGGAGAGUUUUUGAAGGCUGGAAUGAAGGGAAGAUAUAUUUCCCGCCCACAUACAAGUACUCAAAUAACUCAGACAGAUAUGCAGGAGAGGAUAGGCGGCCAAAGGAGAAGCGAAGAACUCCUGCAUGGUGUGAUCGAAUAUUAUGGUACGGAAGAGGCCUACAUCAGCUGUCUUAUGUCCGUGGCGAGUCUAGGUUUUCUGAUCAUAGACCGGUUUACAGCAUUUUCUUAGCAGAGGUCGAGUCCUUAAAUCGCAGCCGAAUAAAAAAAAGCAUGAGUUGUUCUAGUUCUAGGAUUGAGGUAGAAGAGUUGUUGCCACACUCACAUGGAUAUACCGAUCUCAAUUUCUUCUAAAGGGUAGAUUGUUUUUCUUGUAUUUCACUCCUCAUACCAAGUCAUUCAGCUGAUGCAGAAUCUAAUGCUGUAAAACUAGGAAUUCCACAUCUGCAAAAGGAUCCCUUGAAUGGAUUUCAAAUUUUCUGGA